AUGAAUGCGCAAUCUUGGAUUUGUUGUCUCAUUGUUGCUUUCUUCAACUUGACAGUUGUAACAGGGAAUGCAUGUGAUGAUAAAUUGAAUGAGCUAACAACAAAUGGCAGCUCCUCUAUUUUGUCCGAGGCUUGCACCGCACCAGACGGUACAUCCUCGUGUCCUUUAGGAUGUCGAGAAAAGUUACAAGAGCUUCUCACUGCCUGUGAUAAUCAGGUCUUUGAUUUCAGUUUACUCGUUGAAACAAUCAAGUGCGAUGACUUCAACGUCUGCCAAACCGUGACCGAUGACGUUUACGGUGCCUACUCAUAUCUCUGUCCCGAUGAUGGAUCCACUUCAGAAUGUAGACAACCAUGUGUGGAUAUCCUGAAUGCUCUUGAAAGUGCUUGUCUGGAACCAGAUGGAUACAUUCCACCAGAAUACUUCCUCGAUACACAAUUUGGGCAUCCUGCUUGUAAACAAAUUGCCUUCGACAAAGCAAUCGAAAGAUCAAGAGGUUGUGGGGACUGGGCAGAAAUUCAAAGCGUUGGAUUUGGCAAUUUGUGCACUGAUCAGUGCACGAGCAGCUGCGUGGCUGUGAUUGAUAACAUGUUUGAUCAGUGCGAUACUCUGCCUGGUUUUGUCGUAGAAAACUUGGUUCCAUUGUACAACGCCGACUGUCAAGCUGCCUUCAUUGCAAACGACAUAACGAGAGAGAUUGAUAAUCUAGGGAGCUACAACUGUGCAGAAAUGGUCGAGUUCUACGGUAAAGCAUCGCAGUACCUGUGUACUGCCGAGACUCUUUCAUUGACCGUAGUGGGGAACAAUGGGCUUCCACAAUCUGCAUUUCCUCUGGGUCUAUGUCAAGGAGAUUGCGACGACGAUUCCGACUGUGAACACGGAUUGAUCUGCUUUCAACGCGAUAGUAAUGUCGCUGUCCCCGGUUGCUCCGGCGGAUUGGAUGAUGCAAGCCUGAGCGACUACUGCAUUCGUCCAAGCUCUUCCCCUGCUGUUCCAUUGAAUUUGGUGGGGAACAAUGGAAUUCCAGCAUCCGCAUUUCCGCUUGGGCUAUGCCAAGGAGAUUGCGACGACGAUUCCAACUGUGAACCCGGGCUAGUAUGCUUUCAACGCGAUAGCAAUGUCGCUGUCCCCGGUUGCUCCGGAGGAUUGGAUGAUGCAAGCCUGAGCGACUACUGCAUUCGUCCAAGCUCUUCCCCUGCUGUUCCAUUGAAUGUGGUGGGGAACAAUGGAAUUCCAGCAUCCUCAUUUCCGCUUGGGCUAUGCCAAGGAGAUUGCGACGACGAUUCCAACUGUGAACCCGGACUGGUAUGCUUUCAACGCGAUAGCAAUGUCGCUGUCCCCGGUUGCUCCGGAGGAUUGGAUGAUUCUAGCCUAACAGACUACUGCAUUCGUCCAAGCUCUUUCCCUGUUAGCACUGGUGAUUCCGUUGCGACAUGCGAUCCAUUGUGCUUGAAUGUCCUUAAUGCUCUGGAAAGAGCUUGUCUACAACCAGACGGAUACAUUGCACCGGAAUACUUCCUCGAUAGCAAGUUUGGCAAUCCUACUUGUCAAGAAGUUGCCUUUUCGAAAGCAAUCCAGAGAUCGAAUGGUUGUGGAGCCUGGACCGAAAUUCAAAGCGUUGGGUUUCGUGAAUUGUGCUCUGAAGAGUGUACAGAGAAUUGCGUCACUGUGAUUGAAAACAUGUUCGACCAGUGCGAAACUGUGCCUAGUUUUGUCGUAGGCCUAUAUCCAGGCUACAAUGCGGAUUGCCGAAGAACUUUUGAGUGUUUGGACAAUCCAGCAUCCUGUACUCGGAAGUUAUCGAUAUCCUCCACUACUGCAGAGUUGAACGAUUCCUCGUCUGCUUUACCUGGGCUUUCUUUCGCGAUGAUGCUGACUGUGUUGGUUGAAGCUUGCAUCCUGCUUUCAAUUAUCAUUGACUAG